AAGUGUCUAGAAAUGGCCUGUCUUCGCGCGCUUCGGACUUGAGGUGUGUGCCUCUGCCUAGAGAUUAUGACUAAGAUGACAGAUCACCAUAUGAGCCCGUGAAUAUAUAUUCGCCAUGCCAACAUAAUACGAAAGCUCUCUCAAACAGAGUUCUUCAUUGUGACUAAUUUAUCAGCGCUGCAGCACGUGUGCGGAUGAAGGAGAGUGAUCGCGGCGGUGGGUACUGAUGUCCUUGCCGAUUGAGCAGCGAUGGGCGAUUCCGUAAAGCUCUGGUCCGAUUCUCCUCAAAUUUGCAACGUGGAUCCUCAAGUGAUGCCACAUUUCAGUUUCCACGCCAAAUGCAACUACUGCGAGGGAAUCAUACCCUUCACCGUAGAGGUAGAAAGAGAUAUGCGAAAACAUUACAACUCUAAGCAUCGGUUGUACUGCAAUGCGUGCAAGAAGAGCGAUUUCAAUACCAAGGAGGAGCUCGAAGCUCACUUAUCCACAUUUCACAAGGAUGGCGUCUGUUUCAAUUGCCAUGGUUCCUUCAAACUGGCAUCAGCCAUUGCUAUGCAUGUGGAGGGCCCAAAAAAUGACUGCGCGGUUCCGCACGAAUAUCUGAUUCGCGGAUUGAGAGCCGUCACCCAAAAGAUGCACAACACACCAAUCGAUCCAGACGCCUUAUUUUCGCCUGUGAGCUGCUGUCCUGGGGGUGAAAUCACGAUGCGGGGAUUGAAGGAUUUCAGGAAAACACUCCUCCUCGCCCACGAGAAAGCGUUUACCUAUAUGAAGCUGCAGGAGACUAGCUGCAAUGAUCUUCCAGCUGAUCGAUCGGUUGGCUCCAACAAUAACGAUGUUUCUGAUUUCGUCUGUGUCAAUACUUCAAAACCUUUUGAUGCUGCUGCUGUUGCAGAUCAUGAAACUGGAUGCGGGAGUCCUCAGGUAAAGCGAAUGGUGAGCGGCGAUAUCAGCAACAGAGAGGAUCAAGAGAGCACAGCUUCAGUUCUUUCCAAAGAAUGGACCUGCUCCACCUGCGUGGAUGCUAAGUUUACGAGUCUUUCAAAAUUGCUCCAGCAUGUCGAACAAAAAGUGAGGAAUAACUGGUGGAUGUCAUUGAACAGUUGAGCCUGGACUUGGAUUAUAGCCCGCAGUGUAGCUCCUAGUGCAGCUUUGUGUGAGGAAAUAGGACUUAGCUAGUGAGUCGCAUUUUGGUUUCUCUCAAGAACACAGUAGUAUAUAUAUUUACAUACAUAUGAGAAAUGUACAGCUAAAUAAUAUGCAGAGUUCACCAGCACAGCUUUUUGGAAUGAAAGCGUUUUGUCAGACUUUUGCUCCAA